CCCGCCCCUGUCCCCGCCCACUCCCGGCUCGGCGGCGCGCGCACCGCCCCCCCCCCGCGCGUCACUGCGCGCGCGCUGCCCCGCCCCCGCCUCCACGGCGCUGGGAGCCGGAGUCCGCGGGAAGAUGGCGGCGCAGCUCAUCCCCCUCGCCCAGCAGAUCCCCACUGGAAACCCGUUAUAUGAAUCUUACUACAAGCAGGUGGAUCCCGCGUACACGGGGAGAGUCGGGGCAAGCGAGGCCGCGCUUUUCCUAAAGAAGUCCGGGCUCUCGGACGUUGUUCUUGGGAAGAUAUGGGAUUUGGCCGACCCAGAAGGUAAAGGGUUCUUGGACAAACAGGGCUUCUAUGUUGCACUGAGACUGGUGGCCUGUGCCCAGAGUGGCCACGACGUCACCUUGAGCAAUCUGAGCCUCAGCAUGCCGCCACCCAAGUUUCACGACACAAGCAGCCCCCUGAUGGCCGCCGCGCCGCCCGCCGAGGCCCACUGGGCUGUGAGGGUGGAAGAAAAAGCAAAAUUUGAUGGGAUAUUUGAAAGCCUUUUACCCAUAAAUGGUUUGCUCUCCGGAGACAAAGUCAAGCCAGUCCUGAUGAACUCAAAGCUGCCUCUCGACGUCCUGGGCAGGGUCUGGGACCUCAGCGACAUUGACAGGGACGGACAGCUGGACCGGGACGAGUUUGCCGUGGCCAUGCACCUGGUGUACCGAGCCCUCGAGAAGGAGCCCGUCCCCUCCGUCCUGCCCCCGGCCCUCAUCCCGCCCUCCAAGAGGAAGAGGACCAUCUUCCCGGGGGCCGUGCCCGUCCUGCCCGCCAGCCCCCCACCCCGGGACAGCCUGCGCUCCACCCCCUCCCACGGCAGCGUCAGCAGCCUCAACAGCACCGGCAGCCUGUCCCCCAGGCACAGCCUGAAGCCAGCGCAGCCCUCGGUGAGUUGGGUGGUGCCGGUGACUGAUAAGAUGCGCUUCGAUGAGAUUUUCCUGAAGACCGACUUGGAUGCGGAUGGCUACGUGAGCGGCCAGGAGGUGAAGGAGAUCUUCAUGCACUCCGGCCUCUCCCAGAGCCUCCUGGCGCACAUCUGGGCUCUGGCAGAUACGAGGCAAAUGGGGAAGUUAAGCAAAGACCAGUUCGCGUUAGCUAUGUAUUUCAUUCAGCAGAAGGUCAGCCACGGCGCCGACCCCCCCCAGCUCCUCUCGCCCGACAUGGUCCCGCCCUCGGAGCGCGGCACACCCGGCCCGGAAAGUUCCACUUCUCUUGUGUCCGGAGAGUUUACUGGUGUGAAAGAACUUGAUGACAUCAGUCAGGAGAUCUCGCAGUUACAGAGAGAGAAAUACUCACUGGAGCAGGACAUCAGAGAAAAGGAAGAGGCCAUUAGACAGAAAACCAACGAAGUCCAGGAGCUGCAGAACGACCUGGACAGGGAAACCAGCAGCUUGCAAGAGCUGGAAGCCCAGAAACAAGACGCACAAGACCGCCUCGACGAGAUGGACCAGCAGAAGGCCAAACUCCGGGACAUGCUGAGCGAUGUCAGGCAGAAGUGCCAGGACGAGACGCAGCUGAUUUCGUCAUUGAAAACACAAAUCCAGUCUCAGGAAUCAGACCUCAAGUCCCAGGAAGACGAUUUGAACAGGGCCAAGUCCGAACUGAACCGACUGCAGCAAGAGGAAACCCAGCUGGAGCAGAGCAUCCAGGCUGGAAAAGCCCAGCUGGAGACCAUCAUCAAGUCUCUGAAGUCCACCCAAGAAGAGAUCAAUCAGGCGAGGAGCAAGCUGUCCCAGCUGCACGAGGAGCAGCAGGAGGCGCGCCGGGGCCUGGCGCAGUUCGAGGAGGUCCUCAACGGGCCCCAUGGUGCUGGUGUGCCCACUCUGGCUGAGCCGAACGAGGGCAGCACUCUGACGGAGAGGGGCGGCUUUGGAGCCACGGACGACCCUUUCCAAAGCAAGGCCUUGUUGUUCCGCAACAACACCCAGGAACUGCACCCGGACCCUUUCCAGGCGGAGGACCCCUUCAAGUCUGACCCAUUUAGGGGAGCCGACCCCUUCCGAGGUGACCCGUUCCAGAACGACCCUUUUGCCGAGCAGCAGACGGCCUCAACAGAUCCAUUCGGAGGAGAUCCUUUCAAAGAAAGCGCCCCGUUCUGCGGCUCUGCCACAGACGACUUCUUCAAGAAGCAGACAAAGAACGACCCGUUUACCUCAGACCCCUUCACGAAACUCCCCUCCUUGUCCUCAAAGCUCGACCCCUUUGAGUCCAGUGACCCUUUCUUGUCCUCCAGCGUCUCCUCGAAAGGAUCAGAUCCCUUUGGGACCCUGGACCCCUUCGGCAGCGGGUCCUUCCACGGCGCCGAGGGCUUUGCUGACUUCAGCCGGAUGUCCAAGCCCCCCGCCUCUGAGCCUUUCCCCUCCUCCUCUGGAGGGCCAGGAUUCUCAGAUGACCCCUUUAAAAGCAAACAGGACACUCCCGCUCUGCCGCCGAAGAAACCUGCUCCGCCACGGCCCAAACCGCCCAGCGGUAAAAGUACACCUGUAAGCCAGCUUGAUUCUGCAGACUUUCCCGAGCCCCCCGAUCCAUUCCAGCCACUCGGGGUGGACAGCAGUGACCCGUUCCAAAGUAAAAAGGGGUUUGGGGACCCAUUUAGUGGAAAAGACCCAUUUGCUCCCUCCUCUUCAGCUAAACCUUCUAAAGACUCUUCCUUGGGGUUUGCAGACUUCACCUCUUUUGGCAAUGAGGAGCAGCAGCUGGCCUGGGCCAAGCGGGAGAGCGAGAAGGCUGAGCAAGAGAGGCUGGCGCGGCUGCGGCGGCAGGAGCAGGAGGACCUGGAGCUGGCCAUCGCCCUCAGCAAGGCCGACAUGCCUGCUGCCUAGGCCCGGGGGGCCAUGGGAGAGGAAACGCGGACAUCUGCACACACACACACACGGUUACACACACGCUCUCACAAACGGACACGGACACACGGUCAUCCUCUUCUCACACCGUGACGUGGCCCAGUCACGAUCGCGUCAAGGCCUCGCUGGCCAGAGCCCUGGGCCCUGAGGGGUCCACUCGGGGCGCAGGAAACACAGCCCACACCCCUCAUGCGUCCCUGAUGGUGUCUCGGCAAGAAGCGGGCACCGCGGGCAGGACGGUGCGGAAAGCCCAGCUGCUCCCGAGGCCGCCCGGGCCUGCGUGGUGAGCUCCCCUCCUCCAGCAACCAUGUCCCCCGUCGGAGUGCAGGUGCCCGUGCAUCCUCCCACCCAAAUGCGCGCAGGCCCAGAGAGGCGAGCUCGGGGCCCCUCCUUGCACUCCAUCCCAGCUCACCAGACACCCCCAGAAACGCCUCCAACCCCCCAGUGAGCCCCCAUGGUGUAUGCAUUCGUUGUAUAAAAAUUAAGUUUGAAUGAGUAAUAUAAAGUAUUUUAAUA